AUGGAGUCGCCCACAAUUAAAGUCGUCGGAGGGAAAAGUGGACGUGGAGACUGCGUGACCGGAGAGAAAUAUGUAGGAGGAGGGGGGGAACUCGCCGAGAAGGACAUUGGAGACGAGACGGGAGGGACAGGGGCCAGACGCGGUGCAAGUGUGAAGCUCAGCAUCGAGCGCCACCAGAGGGACCCGGUGUGCGGAUGGUUGGGCAUGGGGGGCGGACGGGACGGCGGAGAGCUGGAGGACCCGUGA